AUGGCCCAAUUAGGUCCUUUUCUCACUCCACUGGUCGACUUAUAUGACACCCAGUUCCAGAAGCUGUGCCAAACAAUUUGGGGCUGGACACCAUGCGCUCUCUGCUCAAUUGCGAGACCCUGCGUCGGGGAAGAUUGUUCGCACCGCCGGCUUCUGAGACUCGAGCCCUUCUUUCAAUUCUACAAAGAAGUGACGGGAUCCUAUGUUCCCGAAUCGCUGAUUCCUGAUGAUCCGAGAGCGCUGAGCUGCCACCAAGACUUGAUCGACAUCAUCCGUCUUCUGCAAGAGAAGCCUUCUCUGCCGCGGAUGCAACUAACUAGAGAGUUCUUUUCGGCAAGAAAGAGCGUGGAAAAAGAACCACCGCCGCUUGCUGACCAACAUCGGGCUUUCAAUCUGGCCAUGAGGGUGCUGAUCAUGGUUGGUUGUUGCAUCGACAACCAAGGCGGAGGUAUCCUAGAGUUCGGUACCGAUCCUUGCAUUUGGCGGAGCGACCAAUCCCCCCUCGACUUUGUCGCAACAGUCUUUCCCGUCAGAGAGCACCCGAGUUUAAAUGACGAGAAUCAAGCAUCUCCCGACAUAAAAGAGGAACUGUCUGCAGUAAAGCUGAAGCAGAUUGCCGACUUGAAGUUUGAAGGAACGACAGAGCUAAGGGAACACUUGAAGCUUGAUCAAAAGACUGGAGUGGUGAAAAUCUACCAUUUUACAAGCGUUCUGAAAGAGCAUCUCAGAGCUUCAAUUGAUCCAAUUGCGUGUCUAUCUUCUCCAGAAGCAUUAAUCAGGCUGGCUCUUGAAACCCUUGACUCACUUCAGCUUCUCUUCCCCUUGGAUUCCGACUCACAAGCAUUACUUCGAUCGCUUGUUUCAAAAGAAUCGUUCGAUCCCGAUUGUCUGCGCUUCGGUUCUGCUUCGUACCGACGCAUUAAUGAGAAUAAUAUUCCUUAUCAGUACUGGGGUUCUCGGCUCAUGGACCUUUUUGAUGAAAUUGAGAACCCCAAGCCUCGGGGUUUUGUGCAGACCUGGCUGGACCAGAAGAGCAAGGCGAGGCAUAUCAUGUUAGCCACGCUGGCUGGACUGUUUAUUGCCAUCUUGCUAGGUUUUCUGGGGCUUAUUGUAGCGAUAGUUCAGACCUGGAUUUCUUAUCAGGCAUGGAAGCAUCCAGUCAACUAA